AUGGUGGAGCUGCAGGCGCAUUCCAACACCAUGAGAGUAGCCGACGGGGGCGGCGCCGAGGACGCCGCCUCCGUCUUCCGUAGAUGUCAGGUUCCUGUCAUCCUUAAGGCACGCCUCUCUCUCUCUCUCUCUAACCGUUCUUUCUUUCAUUUCGAUUUCUCUCUCGGUUAUUUCAUCUGGGUGAUAGAUAGAUUUCGUUUAAAGGAGGAGAUCUCGCUCAUCUUCCUCGCUCUGGGCUUCUCCCUUGAUUUUUCGUUUUGUUCUUGAUUUUGGAUCUCCAUCCAGUUCGAGGAGGUGGUGUACAAGAUCAAGUGCAAGAAACCGCGAGAGCCUCCGUCGGAGCGGACGAUCCUCAACGGUGUGUCUGGAUUGGUCCGCCCGGGGGAGAUGCUCGCCAUGCUCGGCCCCUCCGGCAGCGGCAAGACCACCCUCCUCACCGCCCUCGGCGGUCGUCUCGGCGGCGGCGCCCUCUCCGGCUCCAUCACCUACAACGGCCGCCCUUUCUCCUCCGCUAUGCGCCGCAACCUCGGCUUCGUCACCCAAGACGACGUCCUCUACCCUCACCUCACCGUCGCAGAGACCCUCCUGUACACGGCCCUUCUUCGUCUCCCCCGCUCGCUCUCUCGCUCUCAGAAGGCUGCCGCCGCCGACGCCGUUGUCGUCCAGCUGGGUCUCGCCGCCUGCCGGAGCAGCAUCAUCGGAGGGCCGCUCCUGAGAGGAAUCUCGGGCGGGGAGAGGAAGAGGGUCAGCAUAGGUCAGGAGAUGCUGGUAAACCCCAGUCUGAUCCUCCUCGACGAGCCCACUUCCGGUUUGGACUCCACCACCGCACAGAGAAUCGUCACCACCCUCGGGGAGCUCGCCGGCGACGGCGGCCGCACGGUGGUGAUGACCAUCCACCAGCCUUCCAGCAGGCUCUUCUACAUGUUCCACAAAGUCCUGCUACUAUCUCAGGGUAGCCUCGUGUACUUUGGAAAGGGUUCCGCCGCCAUGGCGUACUUCUCCAGCGUAGGGUACCAGCCCUCCGUCGCCAUGAACCCCGCCGACUUCCUCCUCGAUCUCGCCAAUGGUAACCUCCGAAGCAGCUGUUAAAAACGGUGUAAUCAAAACGAUAUUCUCCGAAGAAGAAGAUCAUGAACGAUAGGUUAUCCUCGUCUCUCUUUUUUUUUAAUUUUUUCUGUCAGGCAUUGUUUCCGAAGAUCAGGAGGCGACGAAGGAGGCGCUCGUGGCGGCGUUCGCGGCCAGCAGCGCCCGGCGAGACCUGGAUGAGGAGCUCCGGGAGGUCGGCGGUCAAUUCAAGGAGCUCGGAGAGGCCGGAAGAAGGUCCGAGCAGUGGGCGACGACGUGGUGGGAGCAAUUCACGGUGCUCCUGCAGAGAGGGAUGAAGGAGCGGCGGCACGAAGCUCUCUCCGGCCUCCGCAUGGCCCAGGUCGCCGCCUCGGCGCUCCUCGCCGGACUCCUCUGGUGGAGAUCCGGUGACCGCCUCCAGGACCAGGUCCAGUCUCAAACAAAUCCAAAACCCUUAUCCUCUUAUUCUUUUUUUGUGGGUUCCAUCCAUUGAUGAUUGAAUGGAGCAGAUCGGGCUGGUCUUCUUCAUGACGGGAUUCUGCGGGUUCUUCCCACUCUUCGAGGCCAUUUUCACCUUCCCGCAGGAGAGGACGGUGCUGGCGAAGGAGAGGUCCUCGGGGAUGUACCGCCUCUCGUCCUACUUCGCGGCGAGGACGGCGGGGGACCUGCCGAUGGAGCUCGCCCUGCCGGCGGCGCUCAUCGCGGCGGUGUACUGGAUGGCCGGCAUGGAGCCUAGCGGCGGCGCCUUCUUCCAGACUAUGGGGGUGAUGCUUCUGGGAGUUCUCGUGUCGCAGGGGUUAGGGCUGGCGCUGGGAGCUCUGGUGAUGAACCUGAAGACGGCCACCACGCUCGCCUCCGUGCUCAUGCUGGCCUUCAUGCUCGCCGGGGGGUUCUUCGUGCAGAAGGUGCCGCUGUUCAUGGCUUGGAUCAAGUACCUCUCCAUCAUGUACCACCUCUUCCGGCUCACCCUCAUGUCCCAGUUCUCCCCCGGCGAGACCUACCCUUGCAGCGGCGGCGCCGCCUGCUACGUUGAGGAUUACCCUGCCGUGAAGGCCGUGGGCCUGGACCGCAGCGAUGUCUCUAUCGCCGCCCUCUUGGCCAUGUUCUUCUUCUACAGGCUCGCCGCCUACCUAGGAUUGAUGAGAGUUGGGGUCACCCGCUGA